CGGGGUUAAAAGGGAAGGCCAGGCCAGGGGUCCCUGGGCAGAGGAUUCGGCGGCCCACUCGGCGGCAGGGCAGAGGCACUUCUGAGUCUCCUCCCUCCUCCUCACCAGCCCUCCUCCCUACCAGCGACUCCCAGCCUCGGUCCCGGCCAUGAGAUCUCCGCACCUCCACCCCUCCACCGCCUCUGGCCCCCGGGCCCGGGCAAUGCUGCUGCUGCCGCUGCUCGUGACGCAACUCUGGGCCGCGGAGGCGGUGCUGCUCCCCAGAAACGACACCGACUUAGACCUUGUGGCCUCCGGCGCCCCGUGCGCACGCGGUUCGCAGCCCUGGCAGGUCUCCCUCUUCGAUGGCCUCAAGUUCCACUGCGCGGGCGUCCUGGUGGACAAGAGUUGGGUGCUCACAGCCGCGCACUGCGGGAACAAGCCUCUGUGGGCUCGCGUUGGGGACGACCACCUGCUGCUUAUCCAGGGCGAGCAGCUCCGCAGGACCACCCGGCCCAUCGUCCACCCCAAGUACCAGCAUGGCUUGGGCCCCAUCCUGCCGCGGCGGACAGACGAGCAUGACCUCAUGCUGCUGAAGCUGGUCAGGCCGGCUGUGCUGGGGCCUCGCGUCCAGACCUUGCGCCUGCCCUACCGCUGUGCCCAGCCGGGAGACCAGUGCCAGGUGGCUGGCUGGGGCACCACGGCCACCCGAAGAGUGAAGUACAACAAGGGCCUGAGUUGCUCCAGGGUCACUGUCCUGAGCCCUAAAGAAUGCGAGGUCUUCUACCCUGGUGUGGUCACCAACAACAUGAUGUGUGCAGGACUGGACCAGGGUCAGGACCCCUGCCAGAGUGACUCUGGUGGCCCUCUGGUCUGUGACGAGACCCUGCAGGGCAUCCUUUCAUGGGGCAUUUACCCCUGCGGCUCUGCUCAGCAUCCAGCUGUCUACACUCAAAUCUGCAAGUACACCUCCUGGAUAGAGAAAACCCUACGCUCCAACUGACCCCCAGGCCCGGAGCCUCUACCAGCUGCCUCUUCUCCCUUCCUGGGCAGUUGCGGGGGGGGGGGGGGGCUGGGCUCCUCCCCUGCCUCGCUGGAACCUCUGCUUCCCAUUCACACCUGCUGAUGUCUCUCCUCCUCCCUUCACCCCACCCCACCCCCUGCCCACUGCUGCUCUCUGCCCGCUUUGGAGCCAAACUGCCAAAAGCGAUGGCAAAGUUUUUUGUUUUUUUUUUUAAUUUAAGAGAAACAAGGAAGCUGGUGGUCACCCCAUCUCUGAGAGGGGUUGUCACUCACCAAACCAGGCUGCCUCUACCACUCCCUGCUGUGUGACCUCAGGCAAGCUAAGCACCCUCUCUGGGCCUCUAUUUCCUCACCUGGAAAAUGAGGACAAUGAAGUGCCUACCUCAUAUUCCCACUGUGAGGAGACUAUGAUAUAACAUGAGUGUGUAGGUUGCUAUGGUAAUUAUCAGUAAAGCAUUAACACAGUGGGUGGUGAGCCCUGACUAAAUGUUACCUGUUGUCAUGACCUGCCAACAGGUCCUGGUGAGAACAUAUGUCGCUCUGUGUCCUGGGGAGAAGAGCACAGGAGUAGCCCCCAGUCCAAAGCUCCCCCUCACCAUCCCCCGCCCUCAGGGUUCAUGGGAGAAUCACAUUCCCCACCCUCCUCUCAAGUUCCACGAAGCACCCCUUAACCACUUCCUCCCUCCCUCCCACUGUUUGCCACAUCUGGGUCCGCCUGACACCAGUCCCUCCUGUGCCAGCAGGAGCUGGGCCACCUCUGAGUCAUCUGGUACCUUCUCUGCCUUCCUGGGGCCACGGGAACCCAAGGGACCUUACCCUGGACCCAUCUCAGCCUCUAAGACCAGAGGAACUCUCCCCACCUCAGUUGCUAAGUUGACAUAAAGAAGCCCUCUGAGAUUUAGGGGAAAGUUCUUGGUUAGAUCCGUCUCCAUUCCCUCACCAACCACAAGCUCCAGUCCCAGCUCCACUCUGUAUCUCCGUUCUCACCCUCCGAUCCAACACCCACAGCCCCCAGUCUGCCUCCAUGCCCAACCCACUCCACACGGGCUUUGAAAUUUCACCCUGAAACUUUGAAGAGAAGAGUUCUUUUCCUCUCCCUGAAAGUAUCUCCAUGUAAAUAUUUCUCUGCUGGAGGGUAUUACACACAGAAUCCAGGCAGAGGUGUCUCCACUUAGCCUGGACUCUGGAGAUAUUAAUUACAUCAGCUGAACAUCUGCACAGCAGAACUUUCCCAGCCAGGUUGUUCUUGUUUGCCCUUUCAAACACCAAUUUAUUGAGCACCUAUUAUAUGGCAAGCCUGAUGCUGGGCACUGGGAACAUAGUGGCGACGCCAACCACACGGUCCUUGCGCUCACAGAGCCCACAGAAGCCUGGCUCACAGUUUCCAGCCCUGAGCCUCUCCAGCUUCCUUCCCCCACCCCCAUUAGCACACCCAGGAAACGCCAAUCAGGCAUAUCAGCGGAGUUUGUCAUGCAAGAAUCAGAAACAAAGUAGGUGGGAACGUGAAAACUUGAUUCACUGAAAAAAAUUUGUUUAAUGUCUAUUUAUUUUUGAGAGACGGAGAGACAGACAGAGUGCGAGCGGGGGAGGGGCAGAGAGAGGAGGAGACACAGAAUCCGAAGCAGGCUCCGGGCUCCGAGCUGUCAGCACAGAGCCCGAUGCGGGGGCCUGAACUCAAGAUCUGUGAGAUCAUGACCUGAGCUGAAGUCGGACACCCAACCGACUGAGCCUCCCAGGCGCUCCUCGAUUCAUUUUUAAAGGCAAAUCACCCAUUCCUGUAAUCAUCACAGUACAAGUGUUUAUUGAGCUGUGUCCUACUCCAGGUCCUGGAGAUGAAUCAGCCUGAGCUCUCCCUCAGGAGCUGCUAGUCAGGUCAGGGAGACAGGCAAGACUUCCAUUCUUGUCAUUCAGGUUUCUGCUUACUCAGGUUUCUACUCAAAGGUCACCUCUUCAAAGAAGACUUCCAGGAUUGCCCUGGCUAUAGGGGUCUCCUGCCCUUACCGGGACAACAAUCCAUUGCUCGGUUUAUUUAUUUAUUUAUUUAUUUUUGCCACACUUGUUAGAGCUGAAACGACCUCAUUUAUUUGUUUACUGCUUAAUGAUCUGUCUGUCCCCUGUCUCCCUCAACUCAGUCCUUGAAAGCAGGGACUCGGAUUUAUUCGCUGUGAUUUUCUUAAGCACCCAGCACAGUGCCUGGCACACAGAAACCACUCCA